GUCCCUGAAGUCUCUUGCGAGUCAUCGCCGAGAGCGACAGCCUUCGAGGCGGAAGUCGGCGGCUCCCGAGAUCCAUGCGAUUGGUGGAGAAAUCGCGGGCCCACCACGUCGCCUGUCGAGCUCGCGACCCCGACUUCGCGACAUCGCCGAUGGAGUGCCCCACGGGUGACCCGAACCGAGGCCAUGGAUCCCGAUCGCGAGCCCUGCUCGGAGCCGAAGCGAGCGGGACGUACGUACACUGCGUACAGCGGGAGGAGGAGGAGUAGGAGUAGGAGAUGUGUGCUCGGCUGGCGCACGCGGGCACCUACUCCCUCCGGGAGCACUGCACUGUGAGACGGUCCUAGGAGAGCGGCAGAGACAGACAGUUGAGGGGCGAUGUGGUUGAAUUUUAAAGUUGGGGAUUUAUGCUGCUAAGCGGAGUCGCCAUUCUGGCGCUGACGAUGCCGAGCAGGAGCCGGCGGGGAGCGGGGAGCGGAACGCGAAGGGAAGGCGGACGGGGACGGACUCAUGGGAAGGCCGCAUACCCGACAGAAAAUCUCAUCUCGAACCCUCGGGCCUUCGACGCUCCGGAGUGACGCGUGUCUCACGACCGGUCAAUCUGUCUUCUCUGCUCGCUCUUGUGUCUCGACGGUCCUCUUCUCGUCUCUUGUUUCGAUCCGAGUGGCACCUGCGAGCGAGUCGAGAUCGGUUCUUUUCCCUCGGCUGCCCUCUCCUGCCUCGUUCUGUCUCUCUCUUCUGCUUCCCUCCCUCCCUCCCUCCUCCCCUCCUCUCCUCUCCUCUCCUCUCCCCUCCCCUUCCCUCCCUCUCACUGUUCCCGUGUCUCUCAUCAAUCGGACUCUCGCGCUUUCUGUCUCUGUGACCUCUAGGACUAGUCGGCCUCUCGCUCUCUCUCUCCCUCUCUUCCUUCUGCUGCAGCCAGCUUCUUUGCCCGGCGCUGCUGCUGCUUCUGCUGCUGCCACCACCGUCCCCGUCUGCGCGCGCGGCUGCCAAAAUUUGGGCCUCGAUAUAGCAUAGCACCCUCAUUAUGCAAUCGGACGAUUGCCAUCUACGCGCGCCACACAUCACGACUCAUUCUUUGCCACAUCUUACCGUGUGUGUGGGCGUGCGCCUUUUUUUUCGAAGUGAUUGAUUUUAAAGACGAUGUUGUAGCGGAGAGAGAAAUACUUUGACGGGCGAAGAAGGCGGAUCUGAAUGUUGGACGAUUGUUUCAUGACGAAUGACUGAGCCGUCACCUUGCCUUCGAUCUUCUAGGACCAUAUCGGCUGUCGGUAAGGUGAGAGAAAGUUGUGGCAGCUUUUGAGACGAAAGUGAGCCAGUGAGCUGGAAAGAAAGUGUCCUCCGUCGGGUUAAUGGUGCUGAUAUUUUCGAACAGAUCUGUGGCCUCUCUCCGACCUCAAGAUAAUUAUACCGAUGCAGCCUGAGUCGUUCGUGAUCGUACUCCCCGGGUGCUGAGUUCUCUCGAGGAAGCUCUCCGCGCCUGUGUAGCCGCUACCGUAUGUUAUUUCAGUCAGAUCAGUGGAAGACUAUGAUUGGAUGAGAUUCGUGUUUGAUCUCGCGCUCCCAAUUUGUCUGUCUCUACUGAUUAACCUCGCAAGGAACUUGCGUGAUAUUUCCUCCGAGUACACGCACUAUUCUUAAGCUCCCCAGUUUCACAAUGUAUUUGAAAGCCUCGGAAGUCUUUCUUCUUGGUAUCUUUUGAGCAUCAAAGCUAGUGAACAAACAUAACAACGCUCACAAAUUUUGCAGUGGCUGGCUAGCCAUCAACUCCUCGCAGAAGUUUGGGAGAGUGGUUCAUACCAUUCCAACUCUCGCGACUGUCGCUCAGCUCUGUCCUCAACUACACCAACUGCCCAAGGUCGAGCACCCUAACAUAUAGACCUUCGUGACGGAACCAGCCGGCAAGCAGAGAUCAGCGUUCAGGCUAGCCGCUGCAGGAGGAUUAAGUUUCUUACUCAACCGGUUUUGGACAUCAGCUCUCAACGACAGAUUUAGGUUUAUCUACAAUUUUCACGAUUGAAGACACAUAUUUUCCACACAUGGCCAGUCAAGCUAAAGAUGGACGGGCGGUGAAUUGGUCGUUUCCUAUGAAUCCGCAUUUGCCACCUAAAAGUCCUACGUUUCCUAGCUUCGGAUCCAGUCUUUUUGAGUCAACCUCUGGACCAUUUGUAGGUGUAGGUCGGUCUAGCUACCCUAAUCGUGGUGGUGGUGGUCACAAGCGUACACCCUCUGCGGGAUAUCUUCCCCAAGUCCAGCCCGCAUGGCUGGAUGAUGUUAUAGACCCACAGGAAGUGCCUUUCAAGAGGGGAUCCCAUCGCCGCUCUUCGAGCGAUUCUGUUGCAUUUUUGGAAGCGCCUGGCAGCUUUUCUAAAAUAGAUGACCAUAUCGCUGAAGAGGACGAAUUUGAUGCGAGAAGUGUUGUUUCGAUACCGUCUGGUCGUGGAUCUUUGGACUUCGAGCUUAGCGAAGAGCAACUUAUGUCGAUGUUUACUGAUAUGGAGCCUUCCCAACAAAGUUCAAAAGCUUCUCACCAGAAUCAGCAGUCUGAGGGUGCCCGGGCUCAAUCAGGCAGUAAUGCUGUAUCAAGUUCUGCUGCAGAUAGCUGGACAUCUGAACGGAGGACACCAGCAACUACACCAGAGAACCCCUCCACGCCAUCUGACAGUAAUAGUCUUAGUGAAGUUUCAAAUGAGGAGAGGGGACUUGGUAGGAUGAAAAGUGAACCUGAGGUUCAAAGCGUAGGAGAAGGAGAGGGCGCAAGUAGUCAACAACCGUCAAAAGGAGAGUUGCAAUCGCUUUCAUCACAAAUUGAUCCAAACCUGGACCCAAAGAGGGCUAAGAGGAUUCUCGCAAACCGACAAUCUGCACAGCGCUCUCGUGUACGGAAGCUGCAGUAUAUCUCUGAACUUGAAAGGAGCGUCCAUGCCCUGCAGACGGAAGUAUCCACUCUUUCCCCUCAAGUGGCUUUCCUCGACCAUCAGAGAGUGGUCUUGAAUGUCGAUAACAAUUCUUUGAAGCAAAAGAUUGCGGCGCUUUCUCAAGACAAAAGGUUCAAAGAAGCUCACAAUGACGCUUUGAAGAAGGAAGUUCAAAGGCUAAGGCAGCUUUAUCAGCAACAGCAGCAGCAUCAUAUGCAACAACAGCAAUUACAGCAGCACAUCCAGCAACAGCAACAGCAGCUUCAGUCGUCAACACCUGCUGCUUACGAGCUGCAGCAACAGCAGUUCAGCAAACUGGAUCUGGGUUCUGCUGAAUCAAAGCAAGUAGGUGCAGAUGCGUUUUGUGCCCUUAACAAGGGCUCAAAUGGGGUGCAAUCUGUCAAUGGACCUGGACCGGUUCCAGCUCAGCGCUCCAACGUUAGGCCCAUGGUCAUUAAGAAUGUUGUGCCUUCAGGUUGCAUGGCUCCUGGAAGCACGAAAGGCAUGGAUGGGAGACUGAUGAAUGGGGGUGGUCCUUUGCAGUCAGAUUUCAUGGUGCACAACCCUUGAGAAUUGAACGGCUUAGCAACCUCAACAAAGGUCAGUAGCGGUAACAAUUUACACUUGGAAGAAUGAAUGAACAUCCCUUUAAUUUUUCACUGCCAAGACUAUGAUGGGAUGGCUAGGACCAGAAUCUUCGAACGGAACACAGUUGGACUGCUUUACUUUCAGUCUCCCAGAGUCACCUAAAGGUCUUUCUUACAUUUUCUGCACCAAAUGUCUUGUAGUCCUGUCGUGUACAUGUCCAUGACAGGAAAUGCCGUUGAGCAUUCCUUUAGUAGCAGUGCUAACACUGUAAAUUUUAUUCAGAAAAAAAGUGUCCAAUUUUUCGGAAUAAUACUAGUUCUUUCUAGCUGAUCAUAGACAAAUUUGAAGUUUCACGGAAAGGGCCUUCGCAUAGAACUGCCAACUGUAGAGGUGAUGUCUGGGAAUACGUGUAGAGUAGUAGAGCUCUCUUCCCAUUUCAACAGUAGACUGGUGCAGAAGAGUAACUAUGUUGGUUAACUUGGGGUCGCGACAUUGUACCCUGUAUUUACUCCGCUGUGUACACUACAUUAAACCCCUUUGUUCUCUAAAACCUGGGUUCUUGAGAAUAUCAGCGGUUCGAUUCAUACAGAUCAGUCAGUGUAAAUCCAUGCUUUCAGUUAUUUUUUGGCAGACAACAUUAAUAGAAUAGGUCCUUGCCAGUCAAAUCCUCAGAGAUACUUCGUUUCGAUGAGUUCUGUCACAAAAGUUGCCUUCAUCUCCUUCGAUACUGACCAUCUCUUCCCUUAGAUGAACACAUAAAAUCCAUUCAAUUUUAUCACCGUCUAGAUCUUGGGAGGCUGAUAGUUGACUAGGACUUCUCUUCGGGCAGAUCCGCAGUUUGUACGCAAAACCUCAGUACAGGCUGCGUUUGCUGCCUGGGAAAGUAUCUAGAGGCACGCGUCAAGUGGUGUAGUGGGUCUCGUAUUGGCAACUAUACUAGUGUUACGAACAUUGUCUACGGUUCCAAUAUCAGCCAACCUCAAGGUGGCCUGCAUUCUUUAGUUCGUUGUUGUCUGCAACGCAAUCCUUGGAAUAUUGCAGUUCGGAUUGAAAAACAGUCCAUCAUGAAUUUGAAGUUGCCACAACACCUUUUUCCU